UCCCCUUGCUGGAAAGGGCUCCUUACGAUGUCCGUGGUGCAGCGGCUGGGAGCAGGGUGGCUCCUGGAUCACCUCUCCUUCAUCAACCAGUGCGGCUACGAGACGCACGGCUCCCUCGCGCACCCUCCUCAUGCUGCUCUCGACACUUGUGCCCCUUCUGUUGGCCGCCUCUGUGCUGCUUCUGCCUGUGCUACCACCUGCACAUCGAGAGAUGAUCCCCCGCCUGGAGACGCUCUGGAACCGGAAGGUAAAAGAGGAAAAACAAGAUACGUGUUUCGGGAAGAGUUCUUUGAUGUUUUAAAGCCACACAUCGUGGCCGCUGCUCCAGAGCGACUCUGCCAAGGUGGCUCUGAGGGGAACCCCAUGGACACCAGCGGCAGCGGCAUGGAGCAGCGAGAAGGAGCCCAGGGUGACACUGGAGAUCUUGAUGCCAGCGCGAGGAAGAAACGCAAAAGAAAAUGUGCCUUCAACCAAGGUGAAGUGGAUGCAUUAGAAUACCAUACAAAGAUAAGGGAACUAAUUUGGGAAGGCACUUUGCAUUUAGUCCAGGAAGGACUCAAAAGUGGGUUUCUUCACUGCACUACUACAAAACUCCAUUGCAGCAAGAAUGUUGUUCCAGGACCCAUGGGCUGUGGGUUGGCCGAAUUGUGUGAAAUGGCAAAGCAGUUUCCAGCUAUAAAUGACAGUGACCAUGAAGCUGUACGAGCAAUAGAUGACAAAACCUUCAUUUUGGAGCAGGAUCUGCAUUCGUGUGUUAUAGAAAACAACUCAAGCUGUGCAAAGAUGAUUGUGUUAAUGGGCCAGAAGUACUUGGUGCCACCAAAAAGCAAUUUUCUUUUAUCUGAUAUUUCAUGUUUACAGCCACUGCUGAAUUGCAAGAAAAAGUAUGAUGUAAUUGUGAUGGAUCCACCCUGGGAAAAUAAAUCAGUUAAAAGGAGUAACAGAUAUGGCUACCUGUCUUCCUGGCAAAUCAAGCAAAUUCCUGUGUCAUCACUAGCUGCUCCAAAUUGUCUGGUAGUCACAUGGGUGACUAAUAGACAGAAGCACUUAAGGUUUGUUAAGGAUGAACUUUAUCCUCAUUGGUCUGUGAAAACACUUGCUGAGUGGCACUGGGUAAAAAUUACCAGAUCUGGAGAAUUUGUAUUUCCUUUGGAUUCUUCCCACAAAAAGCCCUAUGAAGUUCUUGUAUUGGGGAGAGUUCAAGGAAGAGUAGAGGAAGCCUUAAGGAAAUCUGAAGAGGUACUUCCAAUUCCAGACCAUAAGUUAAUUGUCAGCGUGCCCUGCAGUCUGCAUUCACAUAAGCCCCCUCUUACUGAGGUUCUGGCAGAAUUUGUCAAGCCAGGUGCAGAAUGUCUGGAGUUGUUUGCCCGCAACCUUCAGCCUGGCUGGACCAGCUGGGGGAAUGAAGUUCUGAAGUUUCAGCACAUUGAUUAUUUCACUGUUAUGCAGGAUGAAAACUGAUUUAGGGCUUUCAGCUUAACUCACAAAUUUCCUUCCUUCCCAGCAGGCUCUAGAACU